CUUUGGCAAUUCAAGUGAAUCUUUUGUCUUUGGGAACAAGAGGCUUUGUGGAGGCGAUCCAGGGUUGCAACUACCACCUUGCUCUGUCCAAGCCUCCAAAAGAAAUUCAUGCAAGAUAAUAAUCAUAAUUAUUGCGAGUGUUGUAGCAAUCUUAUGCUUCUGUUUUCUGUUGAUUCUUUUGCAAUUGAGAAAGAGACGGGAAAAAUCUCCAUCCGUGUCCCCCAUGGAAGACAGGUACAUUACAAUAUCUUACAAUGAUAUCCUCAAAGCUACUGAUGGAUUCUCUUCAGCCAAUUUGGUGGGUACUGGAAGUGCCGGUUCUGUAUAUAAAGGGAAAUUGGAUUGUGAAGAGAAGUUCGUUGCUGUGAAGGUAUUUAACAUUCAGCAAGUUGGAGCUCUGAAGAGUUUUAAAACCGAAUGUGAAAUCAUAAGAAAUGUUCGCCAUAAUAAUCUGGUCAAAAUCAUCACUUCAUGAUCAAGCAUGGAUUUUGCUGGUAAUGAAUUCAAAGCUCUAAUCUUCGAGUACAUGCCUAAUGGGAGCUUGGAAGGGUGGCUGCAUCCUAGAGCUCAGGAGUGUCAUCAGACAAGAAAGUUAAACCUGACUCAGAGGCUGAACAUUGCCCUUGAUGUGGCUUCUGCUCUAUGUUAUCUGCAUCACAACAUUGCUGUGCCAGCGACUCACUGUGAUCUGAAGCCAAGCAACGUUCUUCUUGACAAUGACAUGACUGCCCAUGUGGGUGAUUUUGGGCUUGCAAGGUUCCUCUGUACUUCGGGCUCGACGAUUUCCAAAUAUUCAACAAGCUUUGUGGGGAUAAAAGGAACGAUCGGAUAUGUUGCACCAGAAUAUGCAAUGGGUAGCCAAAUAUCCACACAAGGAGAUGUGUACAGUUACGGAAUACUAUUGCUAGAGAUGCUUACGGGAAGGAAGCCUACAAAUAACAUAUUUAAGGAUGGCUUAAACCUUCAUAAAUUUGUUAAUAUGGCUUUCCCAGAAAGAGUCAUGGAGAUUGUGGAUCCACGAAUUUUGCAAGAUGAAAGUGAAGAAGUUGAUGGCAAUAUUAGAAAUGAUAAUUUUAAUGGGAUGCAACUGAGGAGAUGCAUAACUUCAUUGAUUAGAAUUGGUCUCUUGUGCUCCAAGGAAUCACCAAAUGAACGACCAAGAAUGCAAGAUGUCACCAUUAAGAUUCGUGCAGUCAAAGAAAUGUUAUCAGUAGUUGAAAUUACUGAAGAGGGGACAAAUUUGGCUGAACCAAUGGAAGUGCACCAUACGUGGGUUAUCAAUGUUUAA